AUGGCGGCAUGUCGCCGCUCGAGCACGCGCUGCGCUGCACUCCUGCGCAGCGAGGCCCACUACCGCGCGACGACACCCCACUAUCCGUAUGACGAGCACCUGCGCGCCGAGCUCAACAUGGCCGACGCAGCGUUCGGCAAGCGGCUCUUCCGCCAGGCCCUCGGGAGCGACCCGGCUGCCGCGCUGCGGUACCUAAACCAGUUUGUCAAUAGCGAUGGCCGGUACAACCUCACAUUCAAGGACCUCAACGCGAUCUACGGCAAGUACCACAUCAAGAGCUCGGUCUUGUACUCGGUGCUCAACGGCCGCAUCCUCGCGUACGUGUCCCUGGCAUCUCUGUGUGGCUCGGUCAUUACAAAGACACGUGUCUUGCCGCCGUCACGCGCGACGGCCGGCGCGACCAGCCGCAUGCAAGCUUCGCGCCGAGACACGAGUCGCGCGUCGACGCCCGAGAUGUCGAACGCGGCCGCACCGCUGGUCGUUCUGGACGCGCAAGCGCAUGAUGCCGUGGCGCUCACGAUGCUAGAUAACGUGGCGUCGCUCCCAGCGUCGUCGCAGCUGCGCCACGCCUACAUCAACGUUGCAUGA